GCACUUCUCUGCGAAAAUCACACACCAUCUACAAUUCUGCAACUGAAUACCUGCAUCCUAUUCUCUCAGAAAAAAACCAACCAACUUCAUCCCGAAUAACAAGAUAUCUAAAUAACAUGACUUCCAUCGGACAAAAGGUAACUACCGACCCUGCGUCGAAAGUUCCCAUCAACGAGGCGGUCGGUGUCGUAACAUCCGACUCUCUCGCAGGCGAGUCCCUUAAGAAUCAUGGCCACUUUGGUGAAGGCAACCCCAAGGCAGGAGCCUUAGACCAGCCUUCUUCAUCGACAACCACGAACACAACCGACACAUCAAACACCGUCAAGCUCAGCGCUGCCGUUAAUUCUGAAGCGCGAGAUGCUCAGGAAGGAUGGAACGAGGAGAAAACCAUAAGCUCAGGCAAAGAUCUAAGAGGUCUAGGCGGCACUUCGGGUAGCGCUGGAGGAGUAUCUAGCGUGACGGGUACAGCACCCGUUGCUCUCUCUGGUACACAUGUCGAUCCAGGCGUACUUAAGCCCAAGGGCGCCAAUUUGACAGAGGACCCGGAACUACACGGAGACCGCAAGUAUGGCGAAAUCGAUACACUCAACGAUCCCACUAGGGAAGCAGAGCGCAAACUGCAGGGUGUGAAUGCUGCAAAUGCUGGUGUUACUCGCAAUACGGCCGACAUGGCACAGGAUGGUGACAGCAAAUUUAGCAACCUUGGGGACACUACUGCUUCAACUUGAUCAAUGAAGGCAUGAUGUAUCAUAUUUAGCAAGGCAGCAUUAAGACAAUGAACAAGCAUAAUGAACUCUGAGA